AUUCUGACAUGGUUGGUCCAGCUGAGCCAAGAUGGCGGACGUCGACGAACAGCUCACUGAUGAGGAGAAGGUCCGCAUUGCUGCCGGUUUUGUUAUCCACGCACCACCUGGAGAAUUCAAUGAAGUUUUCAAUGAUGUCCGGCUACUGCUCAACAAUGACAAUCUGCUCAGGGAAGGGGCGGCUCAUGCCUUUGCCCAGUACAACAUGGACCAGUUUGCACCCACCAAACUUAAGGAAGAUCAGGUGUUGAUCACGGAGCAUGGAGACCUGGGAAACGGGCGAUUCUUUGACCCGCGAAACAAGCUCUCGUUUAAGUUUGACCACCUGAAGAAAGAGGCCAGUGACCUGCGGUCCUACGAGGGUGAAGCAGCUCUGGAGCCGUGGAGGGACGCGUGUGACACUGCGCUCAGGGCCUACAUCAAAGAUCACUACCCUAGUGGAGUGUGCACUGUUUAUGGGAAAACCAUUGAUGGCCACCAGACAAUCAUUGCCUGCAUUGAAGGACAUCAGUUUCAACCCAAAAACUUCUGGAACGGUCGCUGUCGGUCCGAGUGGAGGUUCAGUGUGUCUCAGGGCGCGACUCAGGUGGUGGGUGUGCUCAAGGUCCAGGUGCAUUAUUAUGAAGAUGGCAAUGUGCAACUGGUCAGCCACAAGGACAUUCAGGAGUCUCUCACUGUUUCUAAUCCGAAGCAGACUGCUGAGGAGUUUGUUAAAGUUAUUAACAACGCAGAGACUGAAUACCAGACUGCAAUCAAUGAGAACUACCAGAACAUGUCGGACACCACCUUCAAAGCCUUACGCCGACCGCUUCCCGUCACCCGUACCAAGAUCGACUGGAACAAGAUCCUCAGCUAUAAAAUCGGCAAAGAGAUGCAGAACGCUUAGAGCUGAGCCGGCAUGCCUCCCCCUCUGCUCGCAGCACAAGCCAAGAAAUGACCUGCGGGGAGCCUGGGCUUGAGCUCGAGGCCGGGGCCAGGCUUGGGCACAGGCACUUAGGACAAAUGUGCUAAGAAAUGUCCUUAUUUCCUUUUUCUGUUUUGUUUUGUUUUUGUUUUUUCCCUAAAAGCCCAGGUUUAACCUCAGCUAAAGAGACUGCCUCCUUUUCUGUAUUGCCAGAAGGCUAUGAGAUUGUUCUGUUGGGUGUACAGUAGCAGUGGUCCUUGCUGUUGAACCAAUACCUCCUGCAACACCAGUGCACAGGGUCAGAAAUGUUAUACUUUUUAUCCCCCACCUCCCUGAUUUAUACGCAUCACUCAGAGAGGGGUUUCUGGACACCGCUUCAAUUAUGUCCUUGACCAAAUGUUUAAUCUCCACUAAUUAAAAUGCUGUUUUUAAAUACGCUUUGGUAUAGAGUUUAAUUUUGUAAACCUUCUUGAAAGUUAUUGAUUUUAAUCCAAAAUUCCAGGUUUUUUUCUUUUUUUCAAUCUUAAGCAGAUGGGUUUUUUUUGUAUGAAGAAGGUUUAGGGUGAUUACUGCUUAGGUUAAAGCCCUUUUUUUCUACUUUGAAUAGCCUUUACACACCUUCAUUAACAUUUACAUGAUCUUGAUUUGGAUUAUAAAAAUAGUUAAAUAAAUAAAACUAAACAUCAGCUCUCAAGACCUCUAAAAGUGUUUAUAUAUGUUCACAUUAUUGUCCUCAAUUGAAUUUUUUGAAAUUGUUUCCGCCAUUAGCUUAAACUAAUCUGCAGUCCAAAAUCAAGUCAUUUAAAGUUAUAUGUUUAAGUAUGUCUUUGUUUUGGCAGUAUUAUACCUCUCUGUCCUGAAAACUCCUCAGUACCUGAGUGAUAGAAGCAUAUUUACACCAUUUAAAGCUCCACAUACAAAAUCACUGCUAUUGGAAUAUAUUAUUAUGGACAAUAACUUAAUACUCUAGGGAUCAUUUGUGAGGUGUGUGUUUGUUUCACCCGACAAAUGAAAAUUGAACAGGGUUUCCUGAUGCCUGUUUUAUGCCAAUGUUUAAUCAGCACAAUAAUUUCUUCCCUGAAAGCAGUGUGUAUUGACAGUACUUCUUAAGUGUACUGCCAUUUGAAAAUUUGCCAAAACAAAAAACCCCACCAACUGUGGUCGCAAUAUCGCCCCCUGGUGUCUCCAACUGGUAGCAUUACUGUAUGCAGUUCCACAGUUUAGCCUCAGUUUCUGCUUCCUUCCCGAGCAUUUGCUAUUUUUUUAUAUAGUGUAUGAACAAAUAGGAUUCCGGACAAAUAAAGUAUUUGCACCAACUUG